AUGUUGUCAAGAAGCAUUUUAAGAAAAUCAGCACGUACUUUUACUCCUCACGUGCAGAAGCGUAACUUGGCUCUUCAUGAGUAUCUUUCACACGACAUACUUCGCAAGUUUAACGUCGAUGUGCCUCGUGGUGGUGUCGCCAAAUCGGGCGAAGAAGCUGAAAAGGUAGCCCAGAAACUCGGCGUCAGUGACUUGGUAGUCAAGGCCCAAGUCUUGGCUGGUGGCCGUGGUAAAGGCCAAUUUGAAAGCGGUCUUCGCGGUGGUGUUCGUUCCGUUUACGACCCUACUGAAGCAAAAAUGUUUUCCGAGCAAAUGAUCGGCCAUAAGCUUAUCACCAAGCAAACUGGUCCUGCUGGUAAGCCUUGUAACAGUGUUUAUGUCUGUGAACGUAAGUAUGUUCGUCGUGAAUAUUAUUUCGCUAUUUUGAUGAACCGUGAUGAACAGUGUCCCAUGAUCGUCGCCUCUGAUCAAGGUGGUGUCGAUAUCGAGGGUGUUGCUGCUGAAAACCCCAGUGCUAUUAUUAAACGCUCCCUUCCCAAUACCCCUACCUUGGACCGCUCUAUUGCAGAGGAGGUUGUCACCAAGCUUGGCUUCACUCCCGCCUGCAAAGAGCAAGCCAUCGACUCUAUUUCCAAGCUAUACAAGGUUUUUAAUGACUGUGAUGCUACUCAAGUCGAAAUUAACCCCCUUGCUGAAACUACCGAUCAAAAGGUUCUUUGCAUGGAUGCUAAGCUUAGCUUCGAUGAUAAUGCUGAAUUCCGCCAUCCCGAUAUCUUUGCCGAACGUGAUAUCACCCAAGAAGAUCCUGAUGAGGCUCAAGCUGGCAAGGUUGGUUUGAACUUUAUUAAGUUAGAUGGUAGCAUCGGAUGUCUUGUCAAUGGUGCUGGUCUUGCCAUGGCCACCAUGGAUAUCAUUAAGCUUCACGGCGGUGAGCCUGCUAACUUCUUGGAUGUCGGUGGUAAUGCUAAUGCCGAAGCCAUCCGUAAGGCAUUCUCUCUUAUUACCAAGGAUAACAAGACUACUGCCAUUUUUGUCAACAUCUUUGGCGGUAUCGUUCGCUGUGAUGUUAUUGCCCAAGGUCUUAUUUCCGUUGUUUCUAGCUUAGACCUCAACAUUCCCAUCAUUUGCCGUUUGCAAGGUACUAAUCAACAUGCCGCCAAGGACGUUAUCAACAACUCUGGUCUUCGUAUUUUCUCUUUCGACGAUCUCGACGAAGCUGCUCAAAAAGCUUGCCGUUACAGCCGUGUCGUUGAGAUGGCCCGUGAAGCUAAUGUCAACGUUAGCUUUGAGCUCCCUCUUUGA